AGGAACUCCAGUUAAUGUCACAUUUUAAAUGUUUUACUAAUAGAUUGAUAUUCAAUCAGCAUACACUUUCUAUAAUUUUGAUAAAAAUAAAAUAAAUUAUUAAAAUCUUAUCGCUAUAAGAAAUAUUUAAACAGAGAGAAUUAUCGGAAUCGAAAAUAUAAAUUGUUCUUCAAUUUUUUAACAUAAAUAAUUAUUUUAUGUGAUUGCAUAUAUAAAAUGUCGAGCCGUAAGAGAAAUAGUUCAGGAAAUUUAAAAAAUGACGAAAAUAAAAUAAUAAUCUGCGUAGAUGAUGAUGAUGAUGAAGCUUUAAGUAAAAAAAUUAAAAGAAGUAAAAAAUCACCACUAAUUGUUGCUAUUAUAGAAAACAAUAUUGAAAUUGUUCGACAACUUUUAAAUAGUGAUAAGAAAAUUUCUAAAUUAACAAAUAAUACAGCAAUGACACAUUUGUAUUUUGCUGUUGAGAAUAAUAAUGUUGAAAUUGUAAAAUAUUUGAUUGAAAAGGGAUAUAGAAAAAAAUUAUCAAUUCAAGAAAAUCAUAUUCUUGUUCGUAAAUGCAUUGUAAAUGAUUGUUUGGAUAUUGUAAAAUGUCUAAUUAACAGUAAAAUGGGAAUCAAUGAUGAGGAUUCAAAAUCGGAAACUUUACUUCAUUCUGCAGCGUUUUAUGGACGAUUGGAUAUAAUAAAAUAUCUAGUUGAAUGUGGUGCUGAUGUACAUGUGAAAACAGAUUAUAAUGAAACACCAUUUCAUUAUGCAAUAAGAGGAAAAAAUAUUGCAGUUAUAAGAGAAUUGUUAAAUUUAAGUAAUGCCAAAGAGACUCCAUAUAGAAUGAUGUUCAACGAUAUGGCUGUUCAUGUUGCAGCUGAAGUUGGCAAUGAAGAAAUAUUAAAUAUUCUUCUCGAUGAGGGAUAUUCUAUGGAGAGUAGUUUUAAAGGAAGAAAACCAAUUCACGCUGCAGCAGCAUUUAAUAAUUGGAAAUUAGUUAAUUUAUUUAUUAAAGCAGGCGUUAGCAUUGAUUCAGUAACAAAAAAUUAUGAAUCACCAUUGCAUUUUGCCCUUGGAUCGGGUCAAUUGUCAGCAGUUAAAUUUCUAUUAGAUGCUGGAGCAUCACCUUUUAAGGAUGAAUAUUAUUGUAGAAUAAGACCAUUUAAUAUGUUAUUAGACAAAGAAAAAUGGAAUUCAAAUGUUCCAUUAAAAUUAAUGAUAGAACGUCAAGUUAAAAGUCUUAGAUGUUUGCUUAAUUAUUUUUCAGAAAAUCAAAGAUUUGUAUUACAACUUAUUGAUAGUGCAUUUGAAUAUAAAGCACCAAUAGAAUUAUUAAAUGUUCUAUUUGAAUAUUAUGUUAGUGAUAUUUCUUAUAUGAAAUUGAAUUAUUUUCUUGAUGAUCAUAAAAAUUUUGCAAUCCUCAUAGAUCAUAUGCAUCGUAAUGAUCUUGCUUCACAAUUAAAUGGAAUAGUGGAUAAUUCAUUUUAUAAUAAAAUUAAAGAAUGUAAAAAUUUUUGUCAAAUAUUAGUUGCGCGCUUAGUUUUAUUAUUGUCUGUUUCUGAAAAUUUAAAAAUUGAAAAUCAUUUAAAAACAAUUAUCAAAUUUUCCAUUAAUGAUUACUAUAAAUUGUGCAAUGAACAAUUAAUAAUUAUGAAAAAUACAAAAAUUUACAAUGAUUCCGAUGUAACUUAUUAUGAUAUAUUAAGUAAACCUUUAGAAAAUAUUGCAAAUUAUAUAAGAUGUGAAAAAAUGGUUACAUCAUUAGAAUCUUCUUAUGAUAAAUUUUCAGCAUAUUCUGAACUUUUAAAGGCACGUGUUGAAAAAGGUAAACAGAGAUAUCAAUUAAUUGACGAUAGCAUUAAUUGUUUUUUUAAUAUUAUUGAAAGAAAAUAUAAAAUUCAAUUACCAUGUUUAGUGAUAAUGACAAUUUUUGAAUCAUUAUCAACAAUUGAUUUAAGAAAAAUGAUUGAAUUCUGUUCUUAAUCUUCGUUAUUGGUAAAAAAAAAAAACUGUAAAACGUCUUUAAAUUAUAAAAAAAAUUAAAGAAUUUUGUUUUGUUCUUGUUCAUGAAAUAUGAUUUCAUUCAUUAUUUUAGUUUGCGUACUGUUUUAAACAUCAUAAUAGAAAAAAAAAUUUAGAUGUGAAAUUUGUUUUCUAAAUCAUUUUUUUGUAUUAAUAUAUAAAAUAUCUAUUAAAAAUUGUAUUUCCAAGGAUUUAUAGUUUUGUGAAAUAAAAAUUAUUUUCUUUUCUGGU